AAUGCGCACACGAAAAAUAUUUUUGCAAAGGUUGUGCUGACAGCACUCACAAAACAAGCAACUACUUCCAUGUGCUUGAACGGUUUAAGCAUGGGUAUACAUUACCUUACUUUCCCAAUCAUGGUAUUCUUUCAGCAAGGCAUCAGAAAUCUUGCCAUAGUGCUCAAGCAAGAAAUGUCAUUUGCAUUGACCAAUAUGCCUGAUGAAGCUGGUACUCUGAUUGAAUCAAUGGAUGCUUGUUUUGGUCUUGUGAGAAAAAAGACUUCAGGGAAGGCUCAGUUCUUGUCAAGGCAUAAUUCCAUUUUGUUCCACAAUCAAGAAGAAGUUGAUUCAUUUGUUGAUAACUACACUUCAAGUGCUGAACAAGCUAAAACUGUAAGUAUUGGGAAAUGUGGUUGA